AAUCAGUCUUACAAGAUGAAAUACCAUAUACACUUCAUUGAUUUUGUUUAAUGUUUGCAAGAGAAUUUGUAUAGAAAUUAAUAUUAGCAUCUGAAGAAGAGAUUAAACAUUUAUAUUUUAUGAAAAGGAAGCUUCUUAUUUCAAAAUUGAAAUUUCAAGAGUGAGAAAAUGGAAAUAUCAACUUACUACUCUACACUCACCACUGGACAACCAGAGGAAGGAUGGAGAAAGAGGCUUAGAACAGCCUAUCAAAUUCUUAUUCCUAUUACUCUUGCUUUUAUUAUGUUGGCUAUGGGAUGCGAUAUUCAACCGAAAGUUGUUAUUAAAACAUUAAAAAGGCCUUUAGCCCCAAUUAUUGGAGCAUCAUGCCAGUUUAUUUUGCUACCGCUAGUAGCUUUUGGAAUGGGUAAAGCAUUUAAUUACGAAACUGAAAUUGGUGUUGGGAUGCUGAUUGUUGCUUGUUGCCCAGGUGGUGCAGUUUCAAAUAUUUUCUGCUAUUGGACAAGAGGUAACCUUACUCUGUCUGUAACUAUGACCAGCAUUUCAACAGUAUUAGCUUUCGGAUUUAUGCCUCUUAAUUUAUUCAUAUAUACUAGAGGUUUCAAUAGCCGAAAUGUAAAAGUUCCCUAUUUGGAAAUAUUUCUUGGUUUAGUCCUAACUCUAGUACCAUUAACGAUAGGAGGAUUCAUAAAGCGAUUCUUUCCAAAAGCUGCAGGGGUUUUUAUUAGAAUAGGAUCUUUUGCGGGUAUUGCGAUGAUUAUUAUGGCGGGAAUUAUGCAAAGGUUUAUAUAUUCAAACAAUGCAAAAAGAAAAGAUUCUUGGAAAAUUAUACUUGGAGCUGCAAUAUUACCGCUAUUAGGAUUUUUUUUGGGAUUUGGAAUUUCCAGUUUAGCAUUUAAAUGGCUAAAAAUGCCUGAAAGGAGAACAAUAGCUUUUGAAACAAGUUGUCAAAAUGUUGGAUUGGCUUUGACUUUAGUUUCUUUUGCAUUUAAAGGCACCAGAGAUCAAAUUGGUGCUUACACUCAAUUCCCACUAUUUUUCUCCCUAUUUAUGAUGGUUGAAGCAAUUGGUCUUUGUAUUUUUAUUAAAGGUUAUCAAAUUUAUAAAGAUAAAAAGAGAGUAGUACACGAAAGUCCGCAAAAAGACAAUUUAGAUCAGAAUGAUCAUGGAAAAAUACCAGAGCUCACAGAAUCUGAAAAUGGUGUAAUAAUUAAUAAAGCAUUUAUGGAUAGUUUUCAUAAACUGUAAUUUCAAUGCUAAAUUUGAACAGUGAAACAAAUUAAUUUAAACCUUUUGAAAUUAUUGCUAAUUAACAUACUAACGGGAAUUUUUCUAAUUUAAAUAUCGAUUAUA